AUGACGGAGCGGGAGGCGAGAUGUUUGUUAACAGUAUUGGAGGAUUAUGCGGCUGCCUCGAGCCAAAGCAUUAAUUUUGAAAAAAGUUCCCUGUUUUUUAUCAUAGAUGCCCCAGAAGAUUGUGUAGGAAUAUGUCUGAGUUGUUGCAUAUCCAAGGGAAGGACGGUACGCCGGAACAUUAGUGCUCGGCUUCAUGGAUGGGCUGAGCAAUUUUUAUCCACUGCCGGGAAAGAGGUGUUAAUCAAAGCAGUGGCUAUGGCAAUGCCGAAUCAUGCCAUGUCAUGCUUCAAAUUACCGGUAAGGUUGUGUUGUGAAAUAGAGAGUGAGAUAGCGCGGUUUUGGUGGAAAACUGGGAAGGACCGUUAUCUUAUUCAUUGGGUGGGAUGGAAACAAUUAUCGAUGCUCAAGAAGGAUGGUGGUUUGGGUUUUAGAGAUUUGGUUUGUUUCAACCUUGCUAUGCUGACGAAGAUUGGUUGGAGGAUUUUGGGCCAGCCUCAAUCCCUUUUGGGGAGGGUGCUGCACGAUAAGUACCAUUCAGGUGUGGGUUUUAUGGAGGCCAGGGUUGGGAGGACAGUGUCUUGGGGAUGGCGAGGGCUCAUGCAGGGGAGACGGAUAUUACUGGCUGGUCUGUGUUGGUGGGUGGGGAAUGGAAAAAGCAUUCGGGUCACGGAGGACCCAUGGAUACCAAAGCCUCACACUUUUAAGACGAGUUCACGACAUCUGGACCUACCCUUGACUAUGGCUAACCUGAUUGAUUCUGAGUUGAAGGUAUAG